AUAGUGUGUGUAUGUGGGGUUGUAAUCUUUUUUUUUGAAUCUUGUUUUUUUUUUAAGGAAUUUGAUCCCAUAAUCAUGUCAGCUUGUGGGUGGAAAGGAAAGUUCUGGGAUUUCUUCAGUUCAUGCUUUAGAUGAGAUUCUGAUUUUAUGUUGGGUUCUUGAAAUUUGAACCUUGAAUUUAAUCUUUUUUCUUGACUGGAUUUAAGCUUCAACUUCUGCUGUGGAUUCAACUUGUGUUUGGUCUAGUGUCUGACUUGAUAUGAUUGUAACUAGUGAUUGUUGAAACUCAGAGAUGCUACUUCUUUUAGUCAGGGAUGUAGAUAUUUCAUGCAUGUUCUUGGUAUUUUGUGUUGCUUGAUAUAUAUAGUCUUGUGGUUAUUAGCUGAGUGGUGGAAACGAUGUGUUAAAUUGUCAAUUGAAAUACAGACAUAUCAGAGGGCCUCUGCACUGUGCAUGCCUUCUAUGGUAAUUGCUUAGCAGUCCAUCUUGCAAUUGAAAUGUGAUUUUUCCAAUACUUGUCUGCUUUCUUGUUCACAUUGUUAAAGAAUGAGGGGAUACAGCCACCGGUGGAGGUGUUGGGGAUGGCAGUGUUGCCAAAAUUUCUGUUUAUUCACCAAGAAUCUCUGGUAGCCGGAUAGUAUACGUCUGCGGUGCACCGAUUAGGAUGGAUGUUUUGUAAAUGCCAAUCAAGAAAAGGAUUAGAUGCUCAUGAAGGAUCUGAUGGAAGACAAGAAACUGAAUCUCAAUCAACCACUUUUAUCAGUGAGACGACACUCAACGAUGUCGAACACACAGAAACUUGAUGAAAGAAAAGUUGACAGUGCUCGGCCUGUUAUGGGUCGGAUUCCUCAUUACAGAUCUGAACUGAAAUCUGGUCCUGUUGGGAAACCUGGAGCCGUGCCUUUUCAGUGGGAACAGGCCCCCGGACGACCAAAAGAAGAGAUAAAAGCACAAACCCGAAACUGUAGUAAACCUCUGAUUUCCCCAAGGCUUCCUCCGGGGAGAUGUCCAAAGGCUAAUUCUCGUCUAGUUUCUCCCAGUACUAAUGACAACAAGAUCCAGGAUGUAAAUAUUCAUUGUGACUCCCUGAUUGCUCUGUCUCUGGAUGAAAGCAUUAAAGGUUUCGGGAGCAGUAGAGAGACAAUAGAGGAGGGUAAGAGUUCUGAUUCAGGAGAUUGUGGUGAAGCAUAUGUAGAUGCCCUUGAUACACUAUCUAGAACGGGAUCGUUUUCCUUAAACUGUAGUACAAGCGGCCUAACUGGCAUGGAUGAUUUAGAUGCAAAGACAUCUGGUAUUUUUUUGACGGAUCCACAAACUCAAGACAAGUUUCUCCCAGCGGUAAAGGGAGUAUCUAAGACACCUCAAUAUGCACCACAAAAGCAAUCAAUAGUCGACAAGCAACCGCAACAAUUUAAGAAAAUUGUUAAACAAGAUGAGUCUGCCAUCCAACAUGGGCCGAGUUUUGCAAAGCUCUAUUCCCAUCACCAAAACAUCAAAGACGAAGCAGAAGAAGAAGAGAGCAACGAUGACUGUCAUCAACAUGGAAAUUUGUCUGCAGUUUGUUGUUUACUGCCCCGACUUUGCUUAAAUAGUUCAGUUUGCAUUUUAAAUCCUGUUACGGCGAUGAGUAUGACAACCCGACUACGAAUAUCUCGUGCUAAUAGAAUACGACCUACAUCUUCAUCAGCUGGUUCUUAUGCCAAGACUGAGGAUCAGUGCAAGUCUAACAUCUCUGAGAUAAAACCAGUUGGCAAACUCCGAACAGCUGAACUCAAAGAGAAUAAGACCAGUGUGAAAAGUGAGAGUGGUCAGUUAGAAAGCCAUAACACGUUAGCAUAUUGUGACGAACCUCUGUCAUUUCUUGAAGAUACAAAGCACACAGGGACUCAGGGCUAUGAAUCGUGUGAGAAGAGCUUCAGAACUUUUAAGGAAUUAUUGGCUGAUGAAGGCAGUCCAAAAGAGUUAGAAUCAGGAGGUGGUGUUGUUGAGAAAACUGUCUAUGUUGAUACUGUCCAGGACGUGGAAGAUAUGAGCUCUUGUUCUCCCAAUACACAAGACACUGGAGUUCCCAGAUCAAGAGAAGAACACUAUGAUCUUAACGCUAAAAGGAUAGAUCAAAUGCACGUAAUGGAAUCAUCUCUUGAAGAUUUCAAGAUGUUGAAUACAGCAGAGGGGGAUGCGAAACCCAAUGGUGUAUCUUCAAAUGAUAAAUCAAAUGGAAAAAGCAGGAGGGGAAUGCCUACUGCUUUUGGAGAAAAUCAAGAACCAAACCUACAUUCAACCACAACAGAAAAUAUAGAAGUCACAGAAAAAGAAGCUACUAAGUAUGUACAAAAGCAGCCACCAAGAGCUACAACUCUUGGAAACUCCCACGCAAAAUACUCAAAGUUUCCUGUUCCUCCACCUCUACCUAAAUCACCAUCUGAUUCUUGGCUUUGCCGUACUUUGCCCUCCAUAUCAUCAAAGAAAGCAUCCCAACAUUCCAAGGCACGUAGAGGGGAUAUUAAGUGGGAAGCAAUGGUUAAAUCUAAAAAGGUGCAGCAUCACAACUUACAUUACUCUGAGGACCUGUUGACUCCUGCACCUGAAACUUAAGCGAACCCAUACCAAAAUAGUCUUGCAGCUCAUCAUGCCCAUCUUUUGGCAAGUCCAUCGCUUGAUACAAUAAGGUUGCCAUAUUUCUCUUUAUAGCAAUGAGUUGGUACGAGGUCAUGUGCGUGCGAAGAAACAUGAGAUGAAAUUGCAUUAAGUAGAUGGCUAAGGCCUUGUAUAUGUUCACUAGUCCUUGCCCUAAAUCAUGAUCAUUUGAGACUUCUUGAAAAGGUAGCAGAGGGACAUACUCAAGAGCUCUUCCUCCUUGAGCUAUACAUACACUCACACAGCACGUCGUUAUCGACAACUUUGUUACAUGUGAAUUUUUGAAGUAUCUAUUUAGCCCUUUUUGUUGCAUCUCA